AUGCCUCCGCCGCCGCCGGAUCGAAGGGACUAUCUGUACCGGGAGGGCCGCAGGCACGACGGCGGCGGCGGCGGGGGCGACCCGCUCCUGCCGCCCGCCCCCACGCCGCCGCGCUGGCGGGACUCGCCGUACCACCCGCCGCCGCCACCGCCCCUGCGGGACCACUCGCGGCCCUCGCCGCGCCGGGCGCCGCCGUCGGCCUCCUCAGGUAGGCCUGCCCCUCGCGAAUCCUCAGAUCUGAUGCCGCCGCCGCCUCUGCGGCCCCCUCCGGCGCCCCUAAUUUCCUCCAACCGCUCUGCUAUUUCAGAAGGCUACUACCGACAGGGCGGCGGCGCGUACGACCGCUCCUACCCUGAUGACCCGCCGCCUGUCUACACGCCGUCGCGCUCUGACCGGUACUGGGCGGAGGACGACGGCGGGGGAUACAAGGGUUUCGGUAGGUAUGGCGGCGGUGGCCGCAGGGACGGCCGUGACAUGAGGGGUUCAUACCGGAGGUCCCCAUACAGGGGCGGCUACGGAAGUGACUUCUCCAGAAACCAUCCAGAGCAGCCCCCUCCGCCACCCCCCAGAAGGUCUCCGUUGAGGUCAGUCGCUGUUCCGAUCUGCUAUGACCCUCCGGGCAAUAGAGUUGACAGGGGGGAUAGGGACAACCUCCCACGGGUGACACCAUGGCGGAGAAGGGAGAGCAGAUCUGAAGCAGCAGAUGCUGUUGGCCAAACCACUCGGCUCUCUGCCUCAGUGAAGGAGGCUUCAGCUCAGCCUCUGGCCGUGGCAGGUCCUCACGGGACGGAGGAUGAGGCACCAAGGAAGAAGGCUCGCCUCGGAUGGGGGCAAGGUUUGGCCAAGUAUGAGAAGCAGAAGGUGCAAGGCCCUGCGGAUCCUGCUGAAGCUGUUGCUGAUGGAAGUCCAGCUGAUGGCGAACAGAAGACCGCUUCCCUUGUGCCUCUGCCUGCACCUUCUGUUGCACCUGUACCUCCUGCUGCACCAGCGCCUGAGCCUGCGCCUGCGGCAGCACCACCGGCACCGCCUGCUGCGCCUGUGCUUUUGUCUGCCCCUGUGCGAUGCUCAUCUCCAGUUACUGCACCACCAUAUUGUUCCCCAGCACCUGAAGAUAAAUCAUGUGAAAUGACGCCAAAUACGGUCACUAACUCUACUAAAGAUGUCUUGGAAGCUGAUGAUAAAACUUUCAGUAAUGAAUUUUCCAUCAAGUUAGAUGAGCUCGGUGAUGAUCCUGUUAAUUCCCUUGCAAACAUGCUUGUUGAACUUAUCCAACAUGAUGAUUCUUGUUCUGGGGAUUCAAAUGGCCCGACCAGUACACGUAAGCUGCUCCUACUGAAGGAAAGCAUUUCCAAGGAGAUUGAAAAGACUGAACUUGAGAUUGAUUCAUUGGAAGGCGAACUUAAAUCUGUGAAUACUGAGGCUGUAACGACUCUUGAGGGUUCUCCCACAGGGGUGACACAUACAGAAAAUCUUUCACCUUCCAGUGGGACAUCAAAGGUCCCUGGAAGUGUGGAGAUCUGUGAUGCAUCUGAUAUGAUAAAAGUACCGGGGGAGUUCAUUGGUUCUCCUAAGGUACCUGUGGGGGAUGCUGAUGUCAAAGGUGCUGAUAUGAUGGAAAUUGAAGCAGCUCCAGUUCGCAAUGCAAAUACAGUUCCUUCAGAAGAGAGUGCUGUAUCUCCUGGAGUCGCUGAGGGUAAGGCCUGUGCAGCUGCUGAUCUUAGCUCAUUGAAAGCUUCUGAAGAAGCUGGGUCUCAAAAUGAUAUUGACAAUGACAGGCUGGAAACUUCUUCGUGCCAUGCUAAUGCUGAUUCCAUGAAAAUAGAAGUUAGUGAUGACCUACCAGUGAUGCAAUGUACAUACCAUGAUCAUAAGUCUGAUUUACUCGGUUCUGUCACAUCUGCAAAUAAUGAUAUAGCCAAAGAAAUGAAUGAAGUGCUAUUUAAAUCAUUGCCUGCUGAUACACCUGGCCUUGAGAUGUUGGCAUCAAGUCAUCUUCUGAGCCAAAGGAAGAGUGAUUUGAUUGUCAAAGAAAGGCUUGGAGUACGUAAAACCAGGCUGAGGUUGAAACAGCAGAUUCUUACAAUGAAGUUCAAGGCAUAUCGUCACUUGUGGAAAGAGGAUGUGCGACUACUUUCUGCAAAGAAACAGCGUUCAAAGUCUAAUAAGCGCAUUGAUCAGAGCAACCGAACAUCGCAAAUUGGAUCUCAGAGGCAACGCUCCUCUAACCGCUCGCGAUUAACUAUGCCUGCUGGUAAUUUAAGUACAUUUUCAACUCCGGAAAUGUCAGAUGUUGCAAGGAAGUUGUUUUCAGAAUUCCAAAUUAAGCGCUGCAGAAAUUACUUGAAAAUGCCUGCACUGAUUAUUGAUGAGAAAGAGAAGGAAUGCUUGAGGUUUCUGAGCAAGAAUGGGCUGGUUGAGGAUCCUGUUUUAGUUGAGAAGGAACGGGUGAUGAUAAAUCCGUGGACUCAAGAAGAAAAGGAAAUUUUUAUGGAGAUGCUUGCUAAAUUUGGCAAGGAUUUCUCCAAAAUCUCCAGUUUCAUUACACAUAAAACUACUGCAGACUGUGUGGAGUUCUACUACAAGCAUCAUAAAUCAGACAGCUUCCGAGAAGUGAAGAAACUGUUGGACCUUCGUCAACAGCAACCCACCAGCAAUUAUCUUGGAGCGAAAUCUGGACAGAAAUGGAAUCCUGAGUCAAAUGCUGCUUCUCUUGAUAUGCUUGGGGCAGCAUCAGUAGUAGCAGCCCAUGGCCUUGAAUAUGCAAACCGGGUGGAGAAAAUUUCUGCGAAAUCCCUCAUCCGGAUUUCAUAUGGGCCCAAUGUUCCUUUUGUGGCUAAAAGAUCUUCUGAUAAGGAGUGCAUUGACAAUGUGCCUUUGCAUGAGAGAGAAUCAGUAGCAGCUGAUGUACUAGCAGGCAUAUGUGGCACUCUCUCUCCUGAUGGAAUGGGCUCAUGCAUUACUAGUUCUGCUGAUCCUGGCCAGAAGAUUAGCAUGAAAAGAGUGGAGCAUGUCUUAUCCCAAGAAAAUGAUAAAAUCGUUGAUGAGGAAGACACACUCUCUGAUCAAGAGUGUGAAGUUGAUCCAGUUGAUUGGAAUGAUGAUGAGAAGUCAAUUUUCAUUGAGGCUAUGAAUAACUACGGAAAGGAUUUUGCUCGGAUCUCGUCAUGUGUGAAGAGCAAGUCAUAUGAACAGUGCAAAGUGUUCUUUAGUAAGGCUCGGAAAUCACUCGGUUUGGAUUUGAUCCAUCAAGGGGCAGCCGAUGUUAGUAUGCCAGCUAGUGACACCAAUGGAGGGAGGAGCGAUACUGACGAGGCCUGCGCUGUGGAUAUGGAUUCAGCUAUCUGUAGCACACAGUCUUGUUCAAAGAUUGUGAUAGAUGUUUGUCCUACUGAAGGAGCCAUUGGAGGGCCUAACUCUGUUAUAAAAAUCUCUAAGCAGGCAGAAGGAGAUAUAUCAAAUGGGUGUGAUGUUGAUGUUAAAAUUGAGGAAGACGAGAAGGAAGCUGAUAAAAAUUGCAGCAUUGUUGAUGAUAAGAGGUCCAGUGAUGGUACUCACCAAGCUGGUCCUAUUGACAUCAAUUGCCCAGAAAGCACAGAUAAGCUGCAAGGAACUGAUGACGUCGAUGACCAAGUAAACAUGCAUAGUAGUAGUGCCAUCAGCUCUUCAACUAAGCAUGCAAUGGCCACGCACUCGGAAGUGAGAUCCAGUUUACAUUCUAUAGAGGCACUUCAAACAGACAAAGCUGAAGGUACUGGUACUGAUCCUUCCCGGGUGGAAGAAUGUUCACACCAUGCUCUUGAUAACACACCAAUGAAAACGGGAAAUUCUGGUGCCUCAGCUUUCUUAGCUUCAGAUAAUGGUAUCAAGGACAGUGUUCACAUCUCAAACAUUACUGGUGCUUCCACCGUUAGUCCUGCAUUCACUUCAAGUUAUCAGCAUUCUGUACCAGGAGAUAUGCCCCUGCUGAAACCAAAGCCGCUGGUUACCCCCCUUACCCCGAAGGAUUUAAUGCCUGUGCAGUUCAGUUCAGUGCUUCCUGAUCCCACUGCAUUUCGUUUUGAGGGCAUAGCCUCAAUAACUACGCCCAACUUUGAGGACAGUGGCAACAGAGUCAGCAGUGCUAUAGGGGCUAAAGACAUGAGCAAGUACCCAGCUUUUAAAGACCCAUCUGGUAAUCAGCACACAUUGUUUCGUAAUAUUGAUGGUUAUAUGAAUCAUCAUCUGACAACUGAAUUACCAAUUUUUUCUGAAAGAACUGCAAGUGGCACUGUGAGUACUUCACAAACCGAUCGGUUCACCCAAACAAAAUUCCAGAAUGGCAGGUCCAGCAGCUUGUGUCUUCCAAACAGUUCUGAUGGGAUUCAAUGGCCUAGAAAACACGAAGAAGUACUGGAAGGCUCUUUGAGGCCUUGCUCUCGCAAUACAAGCUCUGAGGGUGAUGAGCAACAAAAGCGGCCUGGUGAUGUCAAGUUGUUUGGGCAGAUUCUCAGCCAGCAGUCGACUUUGCAAAGUUCUGGCUCGUCGUGUAAUGGUAGCAAGAGCAAGCCUCCCUCACCAAAGAUUGACACAUCAUCUGUGAGAUUGAUGAACAAUCCAAAGGAUCGUGUGGUUUGUUCUUCCAGGCCUGGCAUCACUCCACAUUUGGGUCUGGAGGAAAGAUCAGCGAGGGGCUAUGGCCAUCUGGAUGGAAGCAUGACACAACCUGAGCCUCUGCUCGUGAUGGCAAAGUGCCAGAGAUCCUUGGCCGGUGUACCAUUUUACUCGGCUAAGAAUGGCACGCUUGGUGUGUUCCCAGAUUAUCAACAACCUUUAGUGCCGCCACAUCAAUCAGAUCCCAAGCGGCUGGAAAGGUUUUCUGAUCCGCAGAAGAGGAAUGGUCUGGAACUCAUCUCGGGUUUCCAGCAGCCUGGUAGAGUCGCCCGUUUUGGGGGUGCUGGUAUCCUCGUUAGCAACGUCUCAGACCCUGUGGCUGCAGCUCUCAAGGCUCAGUAUGGUCCAGGUUCUAAGAUUAUGGGCAGUGACGUGGAUCCUUGGAAGGACAUAGGAAGCAGGUAG